CUCGGGGUCCUAGGCCAGGCACGUGCGGGAGGAAGUGGCGCUGUGUGUCCGCGCGGUGCUCGUAGACCCUUCAACGUGGAGACAUGGGAGGCCUGGAAAAAAAGAAGUAUGAACGAGGCUCUGCCACCAACUACAUCACCCGGAAUAAAGCCCGGAAGAAACUGCAGCUGAGCCUGGCCGACUUCAGGCGGCUGUGCAUCCUCAAGGGUAUCUAUCCCCACGAACCCAAACACAAGAAGAAGGUCAACAAGGGUUCCACAGCAGCCCGGACUUUUUAUCUUAUCAAAGACAUCAAGUUCCUCCUCCAUGAACCCAUCGUUAACAAGUUCCGUGAAUACAAGGUGUUUGUCCGGAAGCUGCGGAAGGCCUAUGGGAAGAGUGAGUGGAAUACCGUGGAGCGUCUGAAGGACAACAAGCCCAACUACAAGCUUGACCACAUUGUCAAGGAACGGUACCCCACCUUCAUCGAUGCGCUGCGGGACCUGGACGAUGCCCUCUCCAUGUGCUUCCUCUUCUCCACCUUCCCACGGACCGGAAAGUGCCACGUGCAGACCAUCCAGCUGUGCCGCCGGCUCGCCGUGGAGUUCCUGCACUAUGUCAUCGCCGCCCGGGCCCUGCGCAAGGUCUUCCUGUCCAUCAAAGGCAUUUACUACCAGGCUGAAGUGCUGGGGCAGCCCAUCGUGUGGAUCACGCCCUACGCCUUCUCCCACGACCACCCGACAGACGUAGACUACAGGGUCAUGGCCACCUUCACCGAGUUCUACACCACCCUGCUGGGUUUUGUCAACUUCCGCCUCUACCAGUCACUCAACCUGCACUAUCCGCCCAAGCUCGAGAGCCAGGUCCCCUCAGAGGCGAAGGCCAGUGAGGACACCUAUGCGCUGGACUCCGAGAGCUCUAUGGAGAAACUGGCAGCCCUCAGUGCUAGUCUGGCCCGCGUGGUGGUGCCUGCGGAGGAAGAGGAGGCCCAAGUGGAUGAAUUUCCCACGGAUGGGGAGCCUUCGGCGCAGGAGGAGGGCCUCAGGAAGGAGCUGGAGGCGCAGGAGAAGCACAAGAAGCUCUUCGAGGGCCUGAAGUUCUUCCUGAACCGUGAGGUGCCCCGGGAGGCGCUGGCCUUCAUCAUCAGGAGUUUUGGGGGGGACGUGUCCUGGGACAAGUCCGUGUGUAUUGGAGCCACUUACGAUGUCACAGACACCUGUAUCACCCACCAGAUUGUCGACCGGCCUGGGCAGCAGACCUCCGUCAUUGGCAGGUACUACCUACAGCCCCAGUGGGUGUUUGACUCCGUCAAUGCCAGGCUCCUUCUCCCUGUGGCAGACUACUUUCCUGGGGUACAGCUGCCCCCACACCUCUCACCCUUCGUGUCAGAGAAGGAAGGCGAUUACAUCCCCCCUGAGAAGUUGAAGUUGUUGGCCCUGCAGCGGGGAGAGCACCCAGGACAUUUGGACGAAUCAGAAGAGGAGGAUGAGGAGGAAGACAAUGAAAGUGAUGGUGGUGAAGAUGAAAGUGAAGGUGAAGACGAGGAGGAAGAUGUGGAGGCUGGUUCAGAAAAGGAGGAAGAGGCCCAGCUGACAGCCCUGGAGGAGCAGAGAAUGGAGGGGAAGAAGCCCAGGGUGAUGGCGGGCACCGUGAAGCUGGAGGACAGGCAGCGGCUGGCCCAGGAGGAGGAGAGCGAGGCCAAGCGCCUCGCCAUCAUGAUGAUGAAGAAGCGGGAGAAGUACCUCUACAACAAGAUCAUGUUCGGCAAGAGGCGCAAAAUCCGAGAGGCCAACAAACUGGCGGAGAAGCGGAAAGCCCACGAUGAGGCUGUGAAGGCCGAGAAGAAGGCCAAGAAGGCAAGGCCAGUGUGAGAGCUGGAGUCUUGGUGGGUCGAGGCCGGCUGUCAGCAGCUGGCCUUGGCACAGGCAGGCCCAAGGACCCAGGCCUGGUGACAGACAGUCUUUGCUCCCCAUCCUCCUCCCGCUGCCAGCCCCCGCCUCUCGUGCUCCUGUUGGGCCGGUGGGCGGCUCUCGCCUCUAGGAUGGAACUCCUGCUCUUGGCGUACGGGGGCGGCGGCGGUGUUCCCCGGAGUCAGUGACAUUGAGGACUUGGGGGCCCUCACUGGCUGGACCCCCUCCUGCCAACACACACACUUGGACCCAUGAUUCUUCCGUGCUGAGGUGGGGUGAAGGUGAGGGAUCGUGUUAUUAAACAGCUAGAGUUUUGCAGCCAACUGAA